CAGUUACCCAGUUCCUCACAGUUCCCCGCCACGAAAACGUAACUGUCCGAUUUGGUGGGAGCAUGCACGAUAAAUUCGGCUUUGAAGCCGGGAUUGCUAUUGCGCGCUACCGCCAUGCUGUCACAGUUCUCUCGGUUUCCACUUUCCACUGAAUUAAGCAGAAAAAUUACUGUUCGUAUAAAUAAUCAGUCAGUCACAAGUAUCACGUUGCACGCAGACGCAGUACUGAUAACGCAACUGUACAGUUACGCCUGUGCUUUAUCGAAUAAGUGCCGCUGUCAUAGUGAUUACGAGGAAUGACGUCAACACUCUCGCCAUUCUAAAUUCAUUUCAGUGCCAAGAGUGUGCCUAACAAAAUGGUCACAGUUUCCUCUUGCACGUCGAUUCGACUGCACGAAUCCAUCAGUCUGGAGAAAUGCGAAGAUUUUGGCGAUGACCUUUCUCUCCACGAUGAGGACUUCCACCACUUGUUCAGCUCCGAUGACGAGCCCGAGAAAGAGACAAGUCUCGUGGACACACAUUCCAGUUCGACGCUCUUGAUUCCACCACGGGCAAAUCUGUCCGCCAAAGCCGUCCGACCCAGUUUGUCAGGCAAAACGCCGGAGAUUGUUAUUAACCCGCUGGUGGAAGUGCAUCAUGAUGAUGUGGGGACCGAAGCAGGACUGCCACUGCGGAAGACUCCGAAACCCAAGUUUCAUUUUGUGUACGAUCGAGCGGUGCUGGAGGCACAGGUCGCAGCGGAACGCGCUCGGGAAGCAGAAAUGAUGGCCAAGGCGGCCGCGGAGAUGGCGGCCAGAGAAACUAACGAUCGUUCUCCCGGUGGAAAGAGCAAGCUAGACAAGAAAGCGAAACCCGCUGAUGCAAAAUCAAAGAAACCCCAAGCAUCCGCGAAAGGCAAACCGCCUGGCGACUCUCUGACUCCGCCCCUUGGCCCACCUCCAGCACCCCCACGUCCUCCUAUCUGGGACGACGAGCCCCAGUACACCAUGACCAUCCAUGACGGUCGCCCCUGGCUCAUCGAGAAAGCUCCGCCCCGCCGCUUUGAACCCCAGCCCGCCCCACCGCCACCCGUUGGCUGCGAACCCCAGCCAAUGGAACCGCGCUCUCUAGCCUCGACGUACAACCUUCCGAUCAUCAUUCAUACUCCCGAAACGGCCGCCCUCUUCGUAAUGCAGCGUAAUAAGCGCCAUAUCAUCAACGGUCUACGGACACUGUUUCUCUUUGCCGAGCAGUCUUUACACAUGCAACUGCGGAUCGCCGUUAUACCGGAUAUGGUAAGGCGGUUGGUGCAGAUUAUCCGAUACCGCGGGGGCGUUCCACAGCGUCUGGCAUUAAUGUUGUUGGCUAGUUUAUCGGAAGUAAGAGUGACAGCGCGGCUGUUCCGCCAACACGGAGGGUUCGAGCCGAUACGGGACGUCUUUCGCAACCCGGAUUCAGAUCACUGCAUGUGGCUAUCGCUGCUGGUGCGUAACGUUUCGCAACGUCGAUUUUAUCAGGAACAAUUUAUCCGGUUAGAUGCGGUUGAGACCCUCCUGGACUGGGUGUCCAAGAUCAACCAACAUCCGGACGUGGUCAAACACACCCUGCAGACAUUAUACUUCCUGUGCUGGAACGCACGGAUCCGGUGGUAUUUAGUCGUGAAGGGCGGAUUCACAGCGAUCGUGGAUCUGGUCAACUCACGGUAUAGCUACAUCCAGUAUUUGACGUUUGUGCUGAUCGAUAAACUGUUGAAAACCGACGCCGGGCUGCCGAUCUACCGCUUCGACCAAACCGAGGGAGUCAGCUUAAUUACUGAGUACCUCCUAAACAUCAACAAUAAGAAGCUAUUUUCCUACGCCAUCCAUAUCCUGGAGUUCGUCCGCCAGGCACCGGCCAUCACAAAAAAACUCCAGGAGACGUCAUUCUUCCGCGUUGUCAUGGACGCUGCGGUCGAUCCGUCUUAUUUAACCGCAGAGGACCUCCAAGAAUACGCAUUGAAACUGCUUUGCCAUGCGGCAAAGGACGAAGACGAACGCCGGGUUAUGCACAGUUUGGGAUACGAAGAGCACAUCGUGAGCUUCCUUAAGAGCUGUUCGACUAAUGUGCGGAUAGCGGCGCUAAAAGCGGUGGCGGUAAUGUGCCGACGUCCAACCAAUCAGGAAACACUGUACGCACUGGGCGCCGAUCAGGUCAUCGUGAAAAUUAUGCGCUGUGGACACCGUGGCCUGACCGAAUGGGGAUUUCUCGCUACAGCGUUCCUCAUGUUCCGCAAUAAAGUGGUCAUUGGGAGCCUUCUUGGCCAGGGACUAGUUGAUCUUUUGCAGCAGUGCUUGGAGGAUGAAUUUACUGACUACGAGACCAAGAGCAACGCGCUGAUGUGUGCCCUUCUUUUGCGGAAACGAUGGGAGGUGUUGCGACGGUUACGAGCUUCCGUCUCUGCGUUGAUUCCAUUGUGGUUGAGGCACGCUAACGCCCGGAUGCGCCAGUACGCAGCCACCGCUCUCUCCAUCUUCGUCACGGAUGAAGAGGCCCGUAAUGUCUUCAGGGAACACGGUGGAUAUUCGGCUUUAGCCGAAGCCGCUGUUCUUGACCAAGAAAUGGGUUUCCUGCGAACUGUGUGCUUCGGCUUAGCCGGUUUGGUGGUGGAUGAAAAAACACUGUGGGAGAUGCUUAAUGCUGACAGCUUUCAAGCGCUGUUUUUAUUGAAGAAUCAUUUGGAUCGUAUUAGUCAGGGAUUUGCUGGAUUUUUGGUACAUCGAAUCAUCAAGCUCGGCGCGUUCUUCAAGUUCGCCUUCUUGGGACACUUGGAUGAUACGGAUCGCCUCCCACACGGCCUCCACAACCAGGGCACUAUCAGCCUUACCAACCCUCUGCGUCCCAUCGAGUACCACCUCCGCCGCGGCCUUACCGCCGAUCGUCCCGUCGUCUACAUUGCCCUACCGAAGAAAUAUCAUCGCCGACCGCAGUUUGCCGUAUGCUAUAUGCGCGAUGACCACAGUUGCAGCAUGCCGACCGCCACCGAUGACAUCCCGGUGGAUCUGCCGGUGGGACUUUCACGGCUGGAGGAUGCCGUGCCCCUGCAGGAUUUGGCGCCUGAGACCGUGUACAACCCAGACGUUCCCGGGGAUGAGCGCCUGAAGGGAUGGAUGCGGUCGGCUCGGAAGGUGUGUCAGGAGGUGCAAGGCGACGCCGAGAAGAUGGAUUAUCUGGCCAAGGUGGUGGUCAACGCCUUGGGUGGGGUGGUGGAGCGGGGAAGCGUAUAUGAGGAAGAUGUGGAAUUGCGGCUGGCAUUUACUAAACAGCGAGUUGGUAGUGAUUGCGUGCCGUUAGGAAUGGUGGAAAAAGGAAAUGGGAUGCAUCGGGCAAUGUUAUUUAAGGUCUUGGCUGAUGUGUGCGACCUGAAGGUCACUCUACACCGCGGCGAACGAGGAAAGGGAUGGAACGAGGUACGCAGACGAAUUAACGGGCAAGAGGAGAUCUUUAUCGUCGAUCUUUUGUACUCGUUCGGAUUGUUAUUGCCCAAAGACAGUCAAAUGGGGCGCGAAUACAUCUCCAACCCGUCAAAUUUACCAGUACCGGAUCGAAAUGGUUUGUCGUUCAAAAUAGCGACGGAGCAGCCUAUACAGGACGUGGUCCGUUUGGCACGCCAACGUCUGCUGCAGUCUCUCGUUACUCCCCGUUACGACCGGAGUGACCCACAGAAUACGCCCCAACCGUCAGCGGAUCCUGGACGGAAAUUAAAGCUGUUCAUGAACAUUCAGCAGGAAGGCACCGAUGCAGCGUCUAGCACUUUCCACAUUCGCCGCAAUAUCCUGCGAAAGGUCAACGAGUUCAUUAAGAGUUUGACGGUAAGGGAGCCGGUCAGCAAAGUGCCGCCGCGGGAAGUAGCUGAAAGCAUUUUGAACGUGGAUGCGGCACAAAGUGAUGCCAAGGAAGUCAGUGUACCUACAACGAAAGAACGAUCGAAGAAGGGAAAUAAAAAUUGAAUUAAAGGGCAGAGGUUGUCCAAGUACUGUUGUUUCCAUUUUGUUGGUCAUUCUACUCGUAUAAUACAGUAACAGAAAAUCAAUACGAGUAUUAAAUGCUGCUGCAUUCGCGUAUCGACGCAUACGAUUGCUGUAAUUUCCGCCGAGUA